AAGCCGACAGGCCGUCUGCCACCAGAAUUAAAGGUAGAAAGGAAGUCUGAUGUUCUUUUGAGGAGAAGAUGACAAAAUAGGUUGGUAAAACCAUAUGUCAUCAUUCCAAAAGAGUAAAAUGCAAUUCUUUCUGAUAAUAAGUACGUCCCUGAUUACAUACAUGGUUCAUUUGUUAAUAUAGUUUUCAUCAAGCAUAAGUUGUCCAUGUCGAUGGAAUAAUAAUUUUAAUCGCCUGUAUAAGCAACGCAAAACAGCUUGUGAUUACAAUGUACUAAAAGUCUAUAAAUUAUUAGUGGAAUAAUGUGAAAGAAUUAUUUCUCCGUGGGAAGAAUCUGUCACUUUAUGCCUGUCAAAGAGGUUAAGAUGCGAAGAAGAAGUGCAAAAGGAUCCUGCGAACGUGUGUGACUACGUUUUUUUCGAAAUUAUUUCGAAAUGUUACUCGAGUAACAUAACCAACAGUGACUCGAUAAUCCUCAUUUUGAAUGUGGAACAAGUUGAGAAAACGCAAAUUACUGAUCGAUCAUUUGUGUCGUUUAUUAAUAUGAUGAAAGAUGAAAUAAUGAAUACACCGAGCGAGAAACGGAAGAAUCGUUGUAGGACCGAUCAUCUUAUUGUAUCUUGUUACUCGCUGUAAUUUUUACCAAGUAUGAUAUACAUUCGAUAUUUCAACCGAAUAGUAUGAAGCUGCAUACAUGCUGGCUACAUGUCUCCUGGAUACUGUUACUUAGCUUCCUUGUUGGUUCAUUCUGUUUUGACAACCAUUCUAGAGAGUAUAAUGAUAGAGACUAUAUUAAAUCUGACUGUAACUCAUCGUCUGUAUCCUCCUGUGCUUGCUGCGAUAUACAACGAAUCCAAGUCGAGUUUUCUUCCAAGAUAAUCGAGAACGAGUAUAUAGUCGCGUUUAAGGGUUACUACAAACUGCACACGCGAAAGAAUUACAUAGGAGCAGCGUUAAAUUCAUCAGGCAUUAACAACUGGACAAUUUUACAUCGUGACAAUUUGGCAUCUCGCUUCCCUAGCGACUUUGAUAUCAUAUUAUUGGAGGAAACAGUCAAAUAUCACGGGCUGAAAGCUUUGAAUAACCAUCCGCUUGUGAGGAGAGUAACACCGCAGAGACUUGUACGUAGAAGUUUAAAGUUUAUCAACACAACGACGGAAGAUUCAGAUUUUCCUGAAUAUAGAAACUUGAAGAAAAGACGGACCAAUACUUAUGAUAUGCAGAAUGUGCUCGAGCAAUUGCAGUCGAACAGCCGUCACUCGUCUCGCAGACUACUAAGAGCCAUACCGAGACAAAUCACACAUAUUCUCCAGGCUGAUAUAUUAUGGGCGAAGGGUAUUACCGGAAAGGGUAUAAAAGUAGCGAUAUUCGAUACUGGACUGGCUAUUAGUCAUCCGCACUUUAAGAAGAUCAAAGAGAGAUCAAAUUGGACGAACGAGAAGACUCUGGAAGAUGGCCUAGGCCAUGGGACAUUCGUGGCUGGUGUCGUUGCGUCUACUUCCAGGGACUGCUUGGGUUUUGCACCGGACGCGGAAUUGCACAUCUUUCGCGUUUUCACAAAUGCUCAGGUAUCUUAUACCUCGUGGUUUUUGGAUGCAUUCAAUUACGCCAUACUCAGCAAGGUGACAGUGUUAAAUCUAAGCAUCGGGGGUCCGGAUUUUAUGGAUCAUCCAUUCGUCGAUAAAGUGUGGGAGCUUACAGCUAAUGGUGUCAUUAUGGUGUCGGCGAUCGGCAACGAUGGGCCUUUAUACGGCACUUUGAACAAUCCUGCCGAUCAAAUGGACGUAAUAGGCGUAGGAGGUAUCAAUUGGGACGAUCAAAUAGCGAGAUUUUCUUCGCGCGGCAUGACAACGUGGGAAUUGCCAUCCGGAUACGGAAGAGUUAAACCCGAUCUUGUUACAUACGGAUCAGGAGUGAAAGGAUCUGCUUUGCAGAAAGGGUGUAGAACUCUCUCCGGCACUUCCGUAGCUAGUCCCGUUGUCGCUGGUGCUGUUGCGCUCCUAGCUAGCGGAUUUGUCGAAACGGGCGAAUCUGCCAAACAGAAGGUGACGCCAGCGAGUAUGAAGCAAGCGUUACUAGGAUCAGCCCGUCGCUUACCUGGUAUCGGAAUGUUUGAACAAGGUGCGGGAAAAUUAGAUCUUUUGCGGGCGUUUCAGUUUUUGCAAUCGUACACUCCUAUCGUCACGCUUAGCCCGAGUUAUAUAGACCUGACCGAGUGUCAAUAUAUGUGGCCGUACUGUACUCAAGCUGUGUACCAUACCGGCAUGCCGACGAUAGUAAACGUGACUAUAAUAAACGGCUUGGGUGUAUCUGGACACGUGGUGAAUCUUACUUGGCAUCCGUACGUCAGUGACGGCAACGGCCAGCAUAUCGACGUGGCGUUUACGUAUAGCGAUGUUCUAUGGCCAUGGUCGGGCUGGUUAGCAGUUGCCAUAACAGUACCGUCGACAUCCCGCAACUGGCAAGGCAUCGCGCACGGCUAUAUCUCCGUCACGAUUGAGUCGCCGGCAUGCGACAGUGAAGAUAAGCCGCGGCAGUCGACGAUAAAACUUCCGUUGAAGGCAAAAGUUAUACCUACACCUCCUAGACACAAACGUAUUCUAUGGGAUCAGUAUCAUAACUUGCGCUAUCCACCCGGAUAUUUCCCCAGAGAUGACUUGCGCGUAAAGAAUGACCCUCUCGAUUGGAAUGGAGAUCAUAUACACACCAAUUUUAAGGAUAUGUAUCAACAUCUACGUAACGCCGGAUAUUACUUCGAAGUGCUCGGCCAUCCCUUCACUUGUUUCAACGCGAGAAAUUACGGAACACUGCUCAUCGUAGAUACGGAGGAGGAAUUCUUUCCCGCAGAAGUGGCCAAGCUGAAGCGAGAUGUGGAAGAUGAUGGUCUCUCAGUGAUCGUGUUUGCAGAUUGGUAUAAUGUGACGGUCAUGCGGAAGGCCAAGUUUUACGACGAGAACACUCGCCAGUGGUGGAUACCUGAUACGGGAGGUGCAAAUAUUCCUGCUUUAAAUGAUUUACUCUAUCCUAACUGGGGUGUGGCAUUUGGCGAUGAGGUGCGAAACGGUCAGUUUACCCUCGGCCAACAUGCACCGGUCACAUUUGCGUCCGGUACCACGCUCGCCAGAUUUCCCAAGGACGGAGUGAUCGUGUACGUUGAAUUACUGGAUCAAGGUCGAGAGUUUCUCUUGGAAAAGGAAUCGGGAAUGCCUACGCUCGUGCCUAUCCUCGGACUUUUGCAAGUGACUAAUGAGAAUGACGUUACGAGAGACGUAAUGUAUGACGAAAUUAAUGAUCGAAUUGAAGCAUUGAUGAUGGACGAGAAACACUUGGAAAAGAACAAACGUGUCAGAGACAUAAAGCGCACGAAUACUGCACCUGGUAGACUUGUCGUUUACGGAGACUCAAAUUGUAUCGACGACAGCCACUUGCAAAAAUCAUGUUUUUGGAUGCUCGAUGCUAUUUUGGAAUAUACUACGACGGGUUACAUACCUACCGUUUUUACGGAUGAAAACGAAACGAAACGCAAGACUAUUAGAACAACCGACGAUCUGGAGAUUGGACAAUUACCACGUCGAAUGGAAGGAAAUCAUUUGAGCCGUCACAGCAAAGUGUUGGACCCAGACGGACCGACGGGCGGCGGCGGUUUUAGAUCUCUCCCAUCGUGUCCUACAGCUGUUUAUGCUGUACCACUACCAGUCAAUGAAACUGUGCCAAUAAAUCUUUACAAGUCCCACAAGGUACUUUCUGUAAGCAACACCAUGAAUAUGGGCAAUCCAAUGCUGCAAGAAGAAACAGACGCUUUGUGGCUCAAAAGACGAGUCGGUGGUGCUAGCAUACCUACAUUGCAGAAUGUUGGCGUUGGCAGUGUGGCUUAUGACGGGAUUCAGGACGUUCAGCAGGAAAAUCUGAAUCCAGUGAUCGUAAAUCAAUGGAGCUUUAUAUUAGGAAUAAUUAUUGUAGUGAUAUUUAUCGUGUAUUUGUGGAAUCAGUGUUUGGUAACGAAGAGACAUUCCCGGAGGAAACGCACUGUUGGCAGAAUUCGUAGGAUCAUUCAAGCUAUCGUAGCCAUGCGUAGAGUACCACAGAUGUAAAGCUGAAUGAUUAUUCAACAAAAAUGUAUUACAUCGAUCAUGUGAGAGACAAAUGCGAAACAUGUCUUGCGUCAAAGCACUCGAUUAGUUAAUAUAUCGACGAAUAUUCGACAUGUAUACAUUAGAUUGUAUCUAUGAUGUGUGUGUGUGUGUGUGUAUAUUACGUGCCUUUUUAUGAUGUGUAUAAUAGUAUAAAGUGAAUCAACAGAUAAUAUACAUAUAUUUUGAUAAACAUUCGUUUAUUAUUCACCUAAUCAUGCACAUUCAUUGAGAGAAUAAUAAAAUUGAUCGGAUUUCUUAUCGGAGCUUGUCCGAGUCGCGAAAAUCAAUUAAUAUCUGGCUUUCAAAAUAA